AUGUUAGGUCCUUCAUCGUCAUACGUUAUUGUUAUAACCACUCCAGUAUUCAUAAAUAUGUUAAGUUUCGUGGGCCCAAGUUAUCGUCAAAGCGUGCCCGUUGAAGACGAUUUCGAUUUUCGGGAUUGUAGAAGAAAGACACUGUCGCGACAAAAAACUUACCUCACUAUCACCUGCCCACUGUAUAGUGUUCCAUUAAUCAUUAUAAUAUUUUACAAAAUAAGUCGUACCAGCAGGCCACAGCUGCAGCGGCACUCGGCAGUCGGUCGGACCGAACCGCGAGGCGGUAUAAGAGCGGUUAAACAACAUUCCCUCCACGACGGCGGCGGCGGCGGCGGCGGCGGCCGUGUAAAUGCGAUAAACGCAUCGUCCGCCCGCCUUCCCACCCGCCCGCCCGCCAACGCAUUACCACAGUGUUAUUCAGUCUCGUGCACCAGUCGUGCGUCCCACCAGUUCGUCAACAGCGAGUGUCCGUGCACCGUCGUUGUCGUCCUGUUCACACCGUCGACCCGGUCUUUUGGCGCGCAGUCGUGUUGUACUCUCCAUGCGUGUUGCGUAACGGCGGCGGCGUUAUCACACGGUGUGCGUUACAAUAUUAUUAUUUUAGUACGGUUGACAUGUUUUGAUCCGCAUAUCAUAAUGCCAGAGAAGUUAUUCAAAGUAAUCAUAAUAGGAGACCCAACUGUGGGCAAGACAGCAUUUGUCAAACGAUAUGUACAAAAAUCAUAUAGCAGAGAGUACAAGGGUACUGUUGGUGUUGAUUUCGCAUUAAAAAUUAUUAAAGUUUCCGAAACGGAAACUAUUAAAUUACAACUAUGGGAUAUAGCAGGUCAAGAGAGGUUUACAUGGAUGACCCGCGUGUACUACAAAGAUGCUCAUGGGUGUGUGAUUAUGUUUGAUUUAUCAAAUAAGAAUUCGUUUUUAAAUACGUUGAAGUGGAAAAAAGACGUUGAUGCAAAAUGCACUCAAUUAGACGGCGGUCCCAUACCAUGCAUGUUAUUGGGGAAUAAGUGUGAUUUACCUCAACGUCAAAUCGAUCAAUUGGAUAUCGAAGCGUUCUAUAAAGAAAAUAAUUUUAUCGGCUGGACAGAGACUUCGGCUAAAGACGGACUGAUGGUUAACGAUUCUAUGCAAUUUUUAAUCAAUUCGAUGUUGGGACAGUACAACGACGAAACCGAUCAACCGGAACUCGUAAAACUCUCCAGUCCUAAUGCGGAGAAUAAAAAAUCGUGUUCAUUUUGUUAACCAACGAUCAAUGUUUUAAACGUUAAGUAUGUGUUUACACUGUAUCGUUUUUAGGUAUCGUUCUUGUACAUUCGUCAUUCAUCGCUAACUUCAAUGAAUAAUUAAAAUAAAAUAUUUUCAUUGAAACUAUAUUAUAUUAUAUAUUUAUAUACUAUAAGUAUGUGUUGUAAUUAAUUUUAAGAUUUGAGACAUUUAGGUCUGAUCUAUUCGGCUGUUGCCUAUACAUAUUAGCAUUAAUAAGAUACUAUUGUAGCAAUACAAUAUUAUAUAUUUUUUUUUUAUUUCAUCAAUAUAGGCUACCUAUUUCUGUUUUUAUCAUUUAUGAUUUAAAUUGUUAAAACAAUGGAGUGGUCCACUGUGCUUUCGUGUUUUCUAAUGUUAACUAUAUUUGAUAACAGGAAAACACCGUGACUCACUCUGUAUUUUAUGUUUCAUAAUCUUUUUCAUACUUAAUAAUAUUGAUUAUUACCAUUUUUCCACGUUUAAAAUGU